AUUUGAGCAUUUCUCAGAGACAAACUUAAUUUCAGUUGACCACUUUAGAAUUUUCUCUCUCUCCUCUCUCUCUCUGAAGUCUUUUUUUGACGGACUCUCUCUGAAGUCAGAAACACCGGAAGAGAGAGAUGUUGCUGGCAGUGUUAAUUUCCAACGCCGAGGGCAACAUUCUAGUCGAAAGGUUCAAUGGAGUUCCUUCUGAGGAGCGGUUGCAUUGGCGAACUUUCUUAGUUAAGUUGGGUGCUGAGAAUCUUAAGGAUGCGAAGAACGAAGAGCUCUUUGUCGCAUCACACAAAUCGGUUUAUGUUGUAUAUACCGUGCUUGGAGAUAUUCACAUCUAUCUCGUUGGCAAGGAUGAGUAUGAUGAACUUGCUUUGUCAGAAGCUAUUUUCAUAAUCACUUCAACACUGAAGGAUGUAUGCGGAAAACCUCCUAAUGAGCGCUUGUUCUUGGACAAAUAUGGAAGGAUUUGCUUAUGCCUCGAUGAAAUUGUUUGGACGGGAGUUCUCGAGAACACCGACAAAGAGAGAAUCAAAAGACUUGUAAGGUUGAAGCCACCAACAGAAUUCUGAACACUAAGGAUAUACUGUUCUUUCUCAGACUUACGUUGCUGUAUUGUAAAUCAUGAAAGCAAUGGUAUCUUCUGACCAUCUUGUGAGUGUUGAAGUUAAAAUUACUACUUACAUGUUUUUGGGAAAAGAAAAAACCCAAUCAUUAUGAUUUUUUUCACUUGUAGCAUUUGGGUCACUUGUGCUACUAGCUGUGCUUGAUGGUUGGGAUUCCAGGGUUUCUUGUAAUUGACAUAUUGUUGAUUUUUUGUCGAUGUUACGAACACUUAAUAAUGUGUUACUGUUUAGGUUUUAA